AUGGCGACGAUCAGCACGCCGCUGACUGCGCUGCUCGGGAUCAAGCACCCGGUCAUGCUGGCAGGCAUGAACGGCGUCUCCCAUUCCGACCUGGCCGCUGCGGUCAGCAACGCUGGCGGCAUCGGGUCGAUCGGGGGCCUCACGAUGACCCCGAAGGUGCUGAAGCAGGAGAUAGACUUCUUGAGGAAAGAGCUGGACGACAAGGCCGCACCGUUCGGAGUGGACCUGGCCAUCCCGCAGAUCGGCGGCGGCGCGCGCAAGACGAACCACGACUACACGCACGGGCACCUCCCCGAGCUGAUCGACAUCAUCGUGCAGGAGAAGGCCAAGCUGUUCAUCUGUGCCAUAGGGGUGCCCCCGCCGUGGGCGGUGGAGAAGCUCCACGCCGGCGGCGUCGUGGUGGCGAACAUCUCGUGGUCGGCUCGGUCAGGAACGCGCAGAAGGCCCUGGCUGCCGGCGCGAACUUCCUGA